CCCAGCCAAAAAUCAAGUGACAACCCCUACGAAGCUUCCACGAAGCUCACUCCCCUCCCCCCUCCCCUCCCUUUUUAUCUCCCUCCUCCUUCGCCUCCUUCUUCCUCCUCAUCUCAUCAACCUCUCCAAAUCUCUCGAUCUCCCAUUCGAGCGAGAUGAAGCUCUCCAUCCAGUCAUUCGCCCGCAAGCUCUCCCUCCCGUCGCCGAAGCGGACGUGGAGCAGCGGCGGCGGAAGCAGUAAGAGGGAUGGUGGCAUGUCCAAGAACGGGAGCGGCGUGAAGCGGGCCAUCUCCCGCAGCGAGGCGUCGUCGUUCGCGUCGGCGUCGUCGGAGUCGGAGUCGUCCUCGGACGACGCGCUGAUGGCGAGGUCGACACCGAGGUCGGUGCUCCCCGCGGAGAUCUCGCGGCGGGAGCUGGAGGCCGUGCUCCGGCGGCUCGGGCACGGGGAGCCCGACGACGAGGAGCUGGACGCCGUCGCGGCCAUCGCCGCCGAGGCCGAGGCGGGCGGCGGGGAGGACGAGCUGAUGGAGGCGUUCAAGGUGUUCGACGCCGACGGCGACGGCCGCAUCACCGCCGAGGAGCUCCGCGGCGUCAUGGUCGCCAUCCUCGGCGGCGACGGCGACGGCUGCAGCCUCGACGACUGCCGCCGCAUGAUCGGCGGCGUCGACGCCGACGGCGACGGCUUCGUCGGGUUCCAGGACUUCGCCCGCAUGAUGAUGGCCGCCACCGCCACCGCCACGGCGACGGCGGACGGCCCGAGAUCGUGGUGAUCCAUUCCUCCGUUCCCGCCAAAAAGAUCGGACGGCCGUGAUGCGCUCUGAUGUGGUGUGCUUCAACUUUUUUUGGCGCGCACUAGACGAUGGAAAAAAAGCCAGCACUACUAGAUGCGCUGCUAAUUAAGUACUCUACUAAUCCAAGAUGAAGAGGGAAUAUUAUUAUUAGCCUAAACCCAACCUGUAAAAUCCAUUAAGAGAGAGUAAUCCCAAGGCGAAUGCUUCGUUCUUUCAAUUUUUCAAAUUUUAAUCCUCCAACUUGGAGUUGGAGCUGUAAGCCUAACGUUGCUGUGUGAAUCGGACUUGUAUCUUGCUGCGAUCGAGCUACUAUAAAACAUUCUUUAGAUCUUAUGGAUUAA